UUUGGGGACGAAAAUGAAAGCGGAGGAGAAGUUGGGGUCGAAAUAAAAAGAAAACAUUUAACCUCUUGUUGUAUUUGCGCUGCUGAGGUUGCAGAGCUUCUCUGUAAAUACACAAGCGUCGAUCUUCCAAGCUCACCAGGACCAUGAACGCUCCAAUAACGGCCGAUAAAUUGCGGAAUGGGGAGGUUUAAGGAUAUAGAAAGAGGAGAAGAAAUGCAGCGGGUGCCAUUGAAGCAUGCUAACAAGUUUUGGGGGGUCAUAUUGAAUCAUUGAUGCAGUUGAAGGUUUCAGGUUUAAUUUGAUCAUCGGGCAAUCGUUUAAGGGGGGAUGGUGAUUUAUAAAAUAGAUGAUGAAAGUUUUAGAUUCGGUUGCAUUUUGUGCCUUCGAGAAUAGCAGGCAGGGGCAGAUGUGCAAGCCAACCACAACCCUUGAUGAGGGCCGUGUAAAUAGGUCAUCUUAACCCACCAAAUCAGGACCCAUGAGACUAUUCGAAAGCUCCAAACUCAGCCUCUUCGCGUUCAAAGCUUCUGUAUUAUGCUCACAAGUGACCCCUUUUGGCCCCUUCAAUUCCUUUGUACAAAAAAGAUGGCUAAAGCCUGUAAUUUCGGCCCGAACACGCUUAGAAGACCGAACAAGGGACUCGAAGCUAGACAAACUCACAACCCACCUCAAGAAGCUCGAUAUCAUCCUAAAGCUCCAUGACCUCAUGUCCAGUCGGAAGCGCGGACCCUUUGUGUCCGUGCAACUGAUGUCUCGAUGGAGGAACCUUGUGGGGCUUAAUGUAGGUAUUGGCGCCUUCGUUCACAAAUACCCACAUGUUUUUGAGGUGUUUAAACAUCCGGUACGACGCAGUUUGUGUUGCAGGAUCAGUAAGAAAAUGAGGGGUUUAAUAGAGGAAGAGGCAAUGGCUAUGAAACAAUGGGAACUCGAAGUUGUUCAUCGUGUAAAAAAGUUGUUGAUGAUGUCUGUGAGUGGCACUCUGCGUGUCCAUGCUUUGAGGUUGGUCAGGAGAGAAUUUGGAUUGCCCGAGGAUUUCAGAGAAUCUAUCCUCGGUAAAUAUUCAAAGGAUUUUAGGUUGAUUGAUUUAGAGGUUGUAGAACUGAUUAGCAGAGAUGAGAAUUUGGAUGUUGCUGAGAUUGAGAAAUGGCGAGAGAAGGAAUUUAAAGAGAAGUGGUUGAGUGAGUUUGAGACAAAGUACGCCUUCCCUAUAAAUUUCCCAACAGGGUAUGAGAUCCAGGCAGGAUUUAGAGAUAAGUUGAAGAAUUGGCAAAGGCUUCCUUACGUGAAGCCUUGUGACAGGAAAGAGGUUGUCCGCAUUCGUACUUGUGGAGGGAUAGAGAGGUAUGAGAAACGGGCGGUUGGUAUUCUUCACGAGUUCUUGAGUUUGACAGUAGAGAAGAUGGUUGAGGUUGAAAGAUUAUCUCAUUUUCGGAGAGAUUUUUCUAUGGUCGUUAAUGUGCGGGAGCUUAUCUUGAAGCACCCUGGAAUAUUUUACAUAUCAACCAGACGUAAUAGUCAAACUGUUUUUCUUAGAGAGGCUUAUAGUAAAGGGUGCCUGAUUGAGUCCAAUCUGAUAUAUGAUGUUCGGAGGAAAACUUUAGACCUUGUUUUCCUAGGGUGUCGAAAUACUAGACAAAUGCCAGCUCCAAAGGAAAUUAAGGAGUUCAAAGUAGAUGGGGAUGGCAAAAUGGAUGGUGACUGGGUUAUUCCAAUGUUAGAGAACUUGGACAAUGGAAGUUGAAAUUGGUAAUUCAAGGUUUCACAAAUACAAUGAGAGUCCUUGAAACUAGUGGAAUGGAUAUGUUGAUCAUUUGGUGAUGAUCCAUAUUUUUAAACACAUAUCAUCUGAAAAAUAACUUGAGUUGGAUGAAGAAUGCUUGCCCUCACAACCCACUCGAGAAGACUGAAGCUGCUGACAAUGUGAUAGGUUGGAAAGAGAUGAUGCAAGAGGACCAAAUUGUUAUGGUUGAUGCUUUUAGGUUUGUCUUGUAAACUCUCUUUGUACUCGUAUGCCUUCAUAGAUGAAUUGUUUUAUAUUAGAAGGUUCUCGUAUAUACCAAAACUGACUUCUUGCCUUGAACAUGACAAUGGUUAUAUCUUAAUCUAAUAUAAUUCAGUAAAGUAUAUGACAGUCAAAAUGUUAUGGUGCAGAUCAUACUAGGAUGUAGUAUUAUAGGUCCGAAGUUAUUUGGUGGUUAUUCAGCUUCUUAGACCUUGAAACUAUGCAAGCCUUUGUGUUUGUCAUUUCAAUUGGGACAUUAAAGAGAGAGAACCUCCCUUUUAAAUUAGAAGCUAAAUGCAAAAAUUGUAAGAAAUAAUAAAAAAGAGAGAAUUAUAAUAAUGUUCGAUGCUAGGGGUAGGAGCCUAGGAGAUAACAUCUAAUUGGUAGAAUGACCUAACAGUCAACAGUGCCUUUGUAUCCUUCAUAAAUGAUGCAAGGUAAGUUGUGGUGCUGGAGCAAAUGAAUCCGGGGGGAAGGGAGUGGGUAUUAUAGGAGGGUGAGUUGAUAUUUUGUUAUAUCUUGUUGAAGUGAGUUUUAAGUACUUGGUGUUUCUUACUUAGUCUUUUUGCCCUGUCUGAAUUGUUUACUGCCUUAUCUGUCAUCUGUUGUACAGGCAUAACCCCAGUUUGCUAUGAUCUAAAAACAACAUGACAAGAAUGCCUAGUACUGUCGAAAAGAUGUCUACUUCCCAAAAUAUCGGGGCUAUAACAUUGUGGAGCCAAGGUCUUGGCAUUUUCCAAGUUGAUAUUAUUUUGUAACAAAAAGUGCCAACAGAUUCAGUGGCUCAUUCAGGUCAUUAAUCUUCAGGAACUCUCAUCGAAUUGCUUUAGCUCCCAUAUUUGGGUUAUAUG